AUGGGCUGCAUUUGCUCAAAAGGAGCAGAAGAAAAAGAAGACAACGUUGCUUUUCAUCGUCAGAAAGGAAACUGGAACAAAUCUUCCUCAAGGCGGCAACUGGUUGAUCGUUCAAACAAAGACGACUUUUCUCAUAAAGCCGUGGAUGGAAGCUCCGGUGGUGGAAGAAGAGCGAGCGGUUUGAUUGUUCCUCUAGAUGAUAGUCAUGAUGGUAAAACAGUUAUUGUAGACAGACCUUCAAGGUCUCAUCGAGGAAGAAAAGUCUCAGACAAUGGCAAAGGGGAAGGAUUGAUUAUUUCGAAUGUUCCUCGUAGCGCAGAAGCAGAGCUUAUUGCUGCUGGAUGGCCUUAUUGGUUAACCUCUGUUGCAGGUGAAGCUAUUAAAGGUUGGGUUCCUCGUCGUGCGGAUUCGUUUCAGAAGCUUGACAAAAUAGGACAAGGGACGUACAGCGUUGUGUAUAAGGCCAGGGAUCUUGAGACGGGCCAAAUAGUGGCGAUGAAGAAGGUGAGGUUUGCUAAUAUGGAUCCAGAGAGUGUGAGGUUCAUGGCUAGAGAAAUCAACAUUUUGAGAAAACUAGACCAUCCAAAUGUUAUGAAGCUUCAGUGUAUUGUCACUUCAAAGCUAUCAGGUAGCUUGCACCUUGUGUUUGAGUACAUGGAGCAUGAUCUUUCAGGCCUUUCUCUCAGGCCUGAUGUCAAAUUCACUGAGCCACAGAUCAAGUGUUUUAUGAAACAACUGCUUUGUGGACUUGAACAUUGUCAUAGCCGUGGAAUCCUUCACCGUGACAUCAAGGGUUCAAAUCUUUUGGUGAACAAUGAUGGGGUUCUCAAGAUUGGAGAUUUUGGUCUAGCGAGUUUUUACAAUCCAGAUCAUGAUCAACCGCUCACCAGCCGUGUAGUCACCUUAUGGUAUAGAGCCCCUGAGCUUCUACUUGGAUCUACAGAGUAUGGACCCGCCAUUGAUCUUUGGAGCGUGGAGCAAAUGCAUAAGAUCUUUAAGCUGUGUGGUUCAGCAUCUAAAGAUUUCUGGGAGACAACAAAAUUCCCACAGGCGACAAGUUACAGACCGCAACAUCCUUACAAGCGUGUGCUUCAAGAGACUUUCAAGAACUUUCCAUCAUCUUCUUUAGCCCUCCUAGACAAGCUUCUAUCUGUAGAACCAGAGACAAGAUGCUCAGCUUCUUCUACUCUACUUAGCGAGUUUUUUACAACGGAGCCACUCCCUUGUCACAUAUCAAGUUUGCCUAAGUAUCCUCCAAGCAAGGAACUUGAUGCAAAGAAGCGAAACGAAGAAGUAAGAAGGAAAAAAGCUGAAGCUGUGAAGUGGCGUGGACACGAAUCUGUUGUGAGAAGAGGUUUAAGAGACUCCAAGAUAACACCGGAGUUCCUUGCUUCAGGGUAUUCAAAUGUCUCACUCAACACUCCUCUUGGAUUCAAGAAAGAGAGUGGGAAACGCUUUGCUAAUACCAAUUCAAUGGUCCACACAAGCUCGACAUGGAAUAAGAAUGGUAGCUCUAGGAGCAAUGUAGGAGAGGUGAGAGCUAGCCGGUCUAACAAUGUGCUCGUUGCAAUGGGAGAUUACUUAUCUAGCUCUUCACAAAAGGAAAAUGUACCUUCAAGAGUACCCACAACGGCAUAUAGCCGCAAGACGAACAGAAUGCACUGUUCAGGUCCUUUGAUACCUCCUGGUGGUAACAUUGAAGAUAUGAUGAAAGAUCACGAGAGAGGAAUCCAAGAAGCUGUACGCAAGUCCCGCCUUGACAAAUCUGCAGCAAAGAAGAACAAAGGUAUCUCAGUGAGAGCAUGUGCGUUGUGA